GAGCGGAAAGCGUGCUGGCAACAUGUGCUACGCUGGCGCUCGGCUGUGCUAGGCUCCUGUGUUUGUGGCUGUGGCGAGGGGAACAACCUAACGAGAGAGGAACAUGAGUGACAGCGAUGAAGAAGGGGGACGGUGGGGGUGGCGAGGGCGCAGCAGGAGCAGAAGCAGAAGCAGCAGUCGCAGCAGCAAGGGGAGGGACUACUGGUACAAUCAGGACAGCAGGGAAGGCAGCGAGAGCCCGGACAGCAGGCGCAACGACCCUUACUCAAACUACAUGGACGGGAGAGACGAGGAGGAUGAGGACGAUGAGGAAAGACGAGAGCGGGACGGCUUCGGGUUCUCGUACAAUGACGAGGACGAUGACGACAAGAACAGCGAGCGGGGCCUACCGAACUACUACAGCAGGCGGAGCAGUAACAGUAGCAAGAACAGCAGGAACAGCAGGAGGGACAUUUACCUGGAGAACGAGAAGGAGAAGGACUCGGAGAACUAUGAGUGGAAUAACUGGAGGUCCAAAAAGCGGGACAGCAGGAGUAGUAGCAGGAGUAGCAGCAGGAGUGACCGCUUUGGGUUCAGGAGGAGAGGGGAUGAUAGUGACGAGGAUGGGAGAAGCAGGAGAAAGCGGAAACGAGCAGCCGCAGCGGAGGAUUACCUGGAGAAUGAAAACGCGCGCGGCGACCAUGACAGGCUGCCCAUCUGCUGCUGCUGCGUGAUGUGAGGGUGAGGGUGAGUGAAAGUGAGGGGUGAAAGUGAGGGAAAGUGAGGGAAAGUGAGUGAAAGUGAGAGGAAAGUGAGUGAAAGUGAAGAAAAUGGAGAGGAAAGUGAGUGAAAAUGAGUGAAAGUGAAGAAAAGUGAGUGAAAAUGAGUGAAAGUGAGGGGUGAGAGUGAGUGAAAAUGAGUGAAAGUGAAGAAAAGUGAGUGAAAAUGAGUGAAAGUGAGGGGUGAGAGUGAGUGAAAAUGAGUGAAAGUGAAGAGAAGUGAGAGGAAAGUGAGUGAAAAUGAGUAAAAGUGAAUGACGAAAAUGAGUCAUGAAAUUGAGUUAAAACAGUGAGAGGAAAUGAGUGAAAGUGAGUGGAGAAAGUGAAUGAAAAUGAGUGAUGAAAGUGAAAAUGAGAAAGUGAGAGGCAAGAGUGAGUAAAAAAAAAAAGCGAAAGAUGAGUAAUGAAACUGAGUGAAAAUGAGACAGUGAGACAUGGAAGUGAGUGAAAAUGAGUAAAAGUGAGUGAAUAUGAAAAUUAAGGUUAGUUAAAGUUAAAAUAAGUAGAAAUGAGAGAAAAUAAUGACGAGAGAGAGAGAGAGAGAGAGGUGAAACUAAUCUGUGUGGAUCGAUAGACCAGUACGAAACACGAAAAGUUGACUGGUUACCCCUUAGAGAGAGAGAGAGAGAGAGAGAGAGAGAGAAGGGGGCGGAGCGUAUGUGUCUGCGUACGCGCGUAAGAGAGCAAAAACAAGAACGUGCUGUGUGUGAGAGAGAGAGAGAGAGAGAGAGAGAGAGAGAGAGAGCAUGCCUGUAUAAAAAGAGAACAAAAGAGUGAACGCCAUAAAAAAAAAAAACGAAAGAAAAAAACUGUGUCAACGAUUUUGUGAACGAAAAGCAGAAGAAAAGAAAACGAAAGAAAGACAAAAAUAAAGAAAGUGACGAUAGAAAAUGGGAAGAAAACGAAGAUAAAGAGAAACAAAGACAGUGAAUGAAAGUAAGAGAGAGAGAGAGAAAGAAGAGGAAGAAAAAAUAUAUAAACAAAAGUACUUCCUCCUCUCUCUUAUACGUAAAGAAAGAAAAAGAAAAGAAAAAAGAAAAGUAAGAAAAAAGAAAAGUGAGAAGAAAAAGAAAAAUUAAGAAAAUAUAAAAGUAGAAGAAGAAAAGCUAAAAAAAUCGUCAGAAUAAAAAGAAGACAGACACCAGAAGAAAACAGAGGAAAAAAGACAAAAAAAUAGAGAUAACGAAAACAAAGAAGAAAAAAAGAAAGAAAAAAAAAGCUAGUUCAUCUCACUGCCAGACUCCUAAGUGUUGGCCGCAAGUGUGAAAGAGAGAGAGAGAGAGAGAGAGAGAGAGAGAGAGAGAGAGAUUAUUACCACAUAUCAAAGCUUCUAAACAUAGCCUCCCUUUCUGUUUUAGUGGGUCAGGGGGAGAGAGAGAAAGAGAGGAAGAGAGAGAGAAAGAAGAGGGGAGAAAGAGAGAGAGAGAAGACAAGAGUAGAGGGGAGAGAAGGAAGGGAGGGAGGGAAGGGGAGGGAAGUGAAAAU